AUGGUAUCACUUACUAUUACAGGUUUUCCUGGCUCACCCACUCAAAGUGCCUCUCUGCCCAGCAGCACCACGUCGGCAGACUGGGUUCCCGUGAACUCCCCUGGGGGGAGCAGUGAAGCACUUAGUGAGUCGCUUGAGAAGCCGCUGGAAAAUGACGCAGAGGGUGUGUGGAGCCCCGACAUUGAACAGAGCUUCCAAGAAGCACUUGCCAUUUAUCCACCUUGUGGACGGCGUAAGAUCAUCCUCUCAGAUGAGGGCAAGAUGUAUGGAAGAAAUGAGUUGAUAGCAAGAUACAUCAAGUUACGGACAGGCAAAACUCGAACAAGAAAGCAGGUUUCGAGUCACAUCCAGGUGCUGGCACGCCGAAAAGCUCGGGAAAUUCAAGUGAAGUUAAAGGAUCAGGCAGCAAAGGACAAGGCUCUUCAGAGCAUGGCCAGCAUGUCUUCUGCUCAGAUCAUCUCCACCACUGCCUUUCAGAAUAAGAUGGCACUGCAGGGACUCUCCCGGCCUCCCUACCCAGCAGCCACUGGGUUUUGGCACGGGGCUUUACCAGGUCAGCCGGUAACUUCCCAAGAUGUGAAGCCUUUUGUGCAACAGGCCUACUCUAUUCAAGCUCCUGUUCCAUCUCAAAUCACAGGUUAUGAAUCAACAGCAGGCUUGUCUGUGUCCUCUACCAGCCCUCCUUGGCAGGGCCGCAGCAUAGGAAGCUCCAAAUUGAGGAUGUUGGAGUUUUCGGCUUUUUUGGAGCAGCAAAGAGAUCCAGACACAUAUAACAAGCAUCUGUUUGUCCAUAUUGGCCAGUCAAACCCCACGUUUAAUGACCCUUACCUGGAAGCAGUGGAUAUCCGGCAAAUCUAUGAUAAGUUUCCAGAGAAAAAGGGAGGCUUGAAGGAGCUCUUUGAGAAGGGACCUGCCAAUGCAUUUUUCCUUGUGAAAUUUUGGGCAGAUCUCAACACAAACAUUCAAGAUGACAGCACUUCUUUUUAUGGCGUAUCUAGUCAAUACGAGAGCCAAGAAAAUAUGAUCAUCACUUGCUCCACUAAAGUAUGCUCCUUUGGUAAACAAGUGGUGGAAAAAGUGGAGACAGAGUACGCUCGUUUUGAAAGUGGUCGCUAUGUGUUCCGGAUUCAUCGCUCUCCUUUAUGUGAAUACAUGAUCAACUUUAUUCAUAAACUCAAGCACCUUCCAGAGAAGUAUAUGAUGAACAGUGUCUUGGAAAAUUUCACUAUUCUGCAGGUUGUUACAAACAGAGACACACAAGAGACUCUUCUGUGCAUCGCUUAUGUAUUUGAAGUUUCAACAAGCGAGCAUGGAGCUCAAUAUCACAUUUACAGGCUUGUCAAAGACUAGGGGAUUAUGGGAUGGGACCUAUUGUGAUGUGACUACUACUACUACCACAAUUACUACUAAAUCAGCUACAACCGUCACCUCUUUUACAAAAUGAAUGUGUAUUUUCAGUGCCUAAAGACAAAAAUACAUUGAAAUGUAGAAAUUGUCUUCCUAAUCUCUAAGAAGAAACCAAAGGGAGAAGAAUGCACUGUAAGAGACGCUCAUUGUUUUUAUGUUUUGGGUUUUUUUUAAUCAUGAUAAAAGGCAAACAGAUUGCAUGUUUUUUUUUAAUGACUUGCUGGUUUGUAUCAGAAAUUGCAUGUUUAGAAUUCCAAAAGGGACAGAAAAUGUGUCACACCCAUGUUUUUGUUUUUACUGCUGAAAUGUAAUCUUGUUAUAAUUAAUAUGCAAUAAGGUGGAAACAAAGUCGAUGACCUUCCAGCAUCUGGACACAGAUGAAAGUAUCAUUCAAUGGCCAUUUCUUUUGAAGAACGAAUGAGCAAGUAAAUGAAGUAAGUUGGUGGAACUUCAUUUUAGUGUUUUGAAAACCCUACAGAGUCCAUGUAAAUUAUAUUCUCUCAUAAAAAUAGUGGUAAUGGAAACUAAUUGACGAUAAUUUGUUGUUUUUUUCGAAUAUCAAUAAAAACUUUGUCACUUUGAACAAAUCUUCUAUAAUAAAGAUUCCCAUGUGUAGAAA